AUGCAGGUGGGGCAUCAACGCGCAGUCACGCUUCUCGUGAUAGAUGAGGAAGAGACGUGGUCUGUGCACUCUUCCUUUCCACCACCCAACAUCGCCGUCUUUCCACUUCCUUAUCCACCAGCGACCGAAUUCGAGAAUUAUCAGCUCACGCCUGCUCAAACACUUACGAAAUCACACAUCACCAGCUUCAUCACCAUGUCCACCAACGGCGAAAGCCCAGCACCCGAAGCUGCAGGCGACUCAAGAGAUCCUAGCGGCUUCCUUAGUGAGAUCAUUGGAGCUCCUGUCACUGUCAAGCUGAACUCUGGCAUCAUCUACAAAGGUGAUCUCCAAUCAGUAGAUGGCUACAUGAACAUCGCAUUGGAACGAUGCAAGGAGAUCUCUGAGGGACGCGUCACCCGGAAUUGGGGAGAUGCUUUCGUCCGUGGUAACAACGGUAUCUAA